AUGGCCGACACCGAGCUACUUCAAUCCCACUACAGCAAAUCUAUACAUGGCAGCCACAUUUUGCACUUCCACAAUGUGCUCGAUGCAUACGGCCAUCUGUCGUUUCGCCACCCCACCAAUCCAGCUCUCUUUUUCAUGGCACGAAGCAUUGCCCCAGCUCUGAUCGCUACCGAGGCAGAUUUGAUCGAAUAUCGUGUUUCAGACGGCGAACCAACGAACCCCGAUUCAGCGCAAGGCUACAUUGAGCGCUACAUCCACUCCGAGAUCUAUCGCCGCUUCCCGCACAUCAACGCCGUGGUGCACAGCCAUGCCGAGUCGGUGAUUCCCUUCACCAUCUCGGGCGUGCCGCUCAAGCCGUGCUAUCACAUGGCCGGCUUCUUGAAUCCCGAAGGCGUGCCGGUCCACGACUCGGCCAGAGAUGUUGUCGCGCCCACUGUGCCGGAUCUGCUGGUGCGCAAUACGCACAUGGGCGCGGCCUUGGCCAAGCGCUUCGAAGACGGCAACAAAGUCACGUUGAUGCGUGGCCACGGCUACACUGUUGCGGCAAAGUCGAUUGAGCUCGCUGUGUUUUAUGCCAUUUAUACGCAGAAGAACGCUGCCAUUCAAACCGCCGCCGUGGGGCUGAUUGCCGCUGCUGGUGGUUCUAUGCAGAAUUCGCGCUUGUUGAAUGAGGAUGAGGCUCGGGAGCGUACUGCGUCUGUGGCAACGACGGCGAAACGCGCGUGGGAUCUGUGGGUGGUUGAGGUCUCUAAUUCUACGCUGUAUCCGAAGGAGUGA